GAGGGGUGGGGCUGGAAAAGCGGCGGCGGCGGCGGCAGCAGGUUAAUGCGGGGAGCUGGACGGGAGGGAACCUGCCUGAGGGCGGGAAAAGAGACGCCUGAAGCUCCAGCAAAGGGCGCUGAAGUCGGCUGGGGAGAGAGGGCGGAGUUCGGCGAGAGGGCAGAGGAAGCGCCUGCCUGCUUGGAAGAAAGCCCCGCUGAGCUCAGGACUUGCCGCUUCAGGCGUGCAUAGAGCGACGGCCGGGGUGGAGAGGGCACUAUCGAGCGGGCAUCAGGGUUGCUGCCAGCCCUGAUGCAGGACUGGCCUGGAGUCGCUAGAAAGCGGCGUCAACCUCCACGUGCCUGUUGGCAACAAUCCGGGACGGGGGAUAUUUUAAUGGCUUGAUAUGGGCAGCGGGGUGGAGGGACACUCAGGAAUAGCUUCUGUCAUCGUUGGCAUCCUUAAGUGGGCUGAAGGGGAGGAACUUGUACUUGUGUUUGAGAAUGGAAGGGGAAAAUAGGGCCAGACCUGGCAGCGCGGGGGAGCUGGUGGUCCCUUUGGGCCAGACGCAGCCUACCUGUGUGUGUGUGUGUGUGCGCGCGCGCGCGCACACAUAACUGGCCUGUUUUUGCGGCUUGCUGAGAAUGCAGAUCCAGAUGUGGUGUCAAGUAGCUGGCGGUGUGGGUCAUAAGAAUAUUGGAUCGGACGUUUCCAAGACAGGCUGUCUUGGCCAACGUGUGAGGAGGGAGAGGACAGCGGAGACAAAGGGAAGGGACUGCCAAAGUGGAGAAAGUUCACCAGUUUCACCAACUGUGAAGGCAGGAAAACAAAGUACAGAAAAAAAGAGAGACUUCAGUGGUAUUGAGAGCAAAUUUGCAUUAAGGACAGCUGGGAUACCUGAUGAAGACACCUGUUAUAUUGUUCCUGGCCAAGAGACAAGUGUGGCAAAAUGCAACUUCAAUCACACCAGUAAAACCUUUAUGGUGAUCCAUGGAUGGACGGUGACUGGCAUGUAUGAGAGCUGGGUUCCUAAGCUGGUAAAGGCACUGUAUAAGAGGGAACCUCACUCUAAUGUCAUUGUUGUUGACUGGCUAGCUCGAGCCAGCCUGCAUUAUCCAAUAUCUGCUAAGAAGACAGAGGUGGUUGGAAAAGAUGUUGCCAUGUUUGUUGACUGGAUGGAGGAUCAGUUCAGUUACUCCUUGGACAAGCUUCAUUUGCUGGGAUACAGCCUUGGUGCCCAUGCUGCUGGCAUUGCUGGAAGUCUGACCACUAACAAAAUUAAUAGAAUUACAGGGCUAGAUCCUGCUGGACCUAACUUUGAAUAUGCUGAAGAAUCCCACCGCCUUUCCCCAGAUGAUGCUACCUUUGUUGAUGUUGUACACACUUUCAUCAGAGGGUCCCCAGAUCUCAGUAUUGGGAUACAGAAGCCUGUUGGGCAUAUUGAUCUCUAUCCUAAUGGAGGUGAUUUCCAACCAGGUUGCAGUAUAGUAGAAACCCUGCAGUCUCUGUUCACAGAAAAAGGAAUUCAAAAUGCAGAUCAUUUGGUGAAAUGCUCUCAUGAACGUUCCAUCCACCUCUUCAUUGAUUCCCUCUUGUAUGAAGAAAAACCAAUUAUGGCAUACCGGUGCAACUCUAAAGAAACAUUUAAUAGGGGGCUCUGCUUGAGCUGCAGAAAGAACCGCUGUAACAAUUUAGGCUAUAAAGCCAACAAAUUGAGAACAAAGAGGAACGCCAAAAUGUUUUUGAAGACUCGAGCUCAAAUGCCUUAUAAAGUCUUUCAUUACCAAGUCAAGAUCCACUUUUUUGGAAAAGUGGAUGUGACCAGGACAAAUGAGCCAUUCCGUAUCUCUCUGUAUGGCACAAAAACGGAAAGCGGGGACAUUGCAUUCGUACUUCCUGAGGUCUCCACAAACAAGACCCAUUCCUUCCUGAUAUGCACAGAGGUGGAUAUCGGAGACCUGCUCAUUGUCAAACUACUAUGGGAGCAAGACUCUCUUUUCAGUUUGAAAAAUUGGUGGAGCACACCUGAAUUUGGCAUCCAGAGAAUCCGAGUCAAGGCUGGAGAAACUCAGAAAAAAUUGGUGUUCUGCUCUCGGGAUGGAUUCUCUCAUCUCCAAAAAGGGAAUGGAGCUGCAGAAUUUGUAAGAUGCCCUGGGAAAAAACCUAACAAUGAGAAUUCAAGGCAAAUCACAAAAGAAAAAUGGCACUUGAGCUCUUUGAAGGAUGAAAAGUGAAUGCAGAAGUUCAGUUCUGGGAAAGCAAUCUCCAGCAUGCUGCUGUUCAGGACUGAAUGGAUCAGAAUACGUAUCAACUACUUGUAAUACCAUCAGCUGCCUUAGAUACAAUAGAAAACCUUCGCUCUGAUGUAGCUGUGUUGUACCAGAAUGUGGCUGGGGAUGUUCAUUCAGUUGAGAAGUUAUGCAAUGAGGAUGGAUGGCAUCAAAAUGCUCAUCCAGCUUGAUUUCUGAUUCAGCAAGUGUGUGGAAGACUGCUUUCAUAUGUAGAUCUCUUUUUUCUGGAUCAGGGCACUCUUGUAUAAGCGCACAAAAAGAAUACAACAGCCAAGUAGGGUUUAAAAACUAAGCAAGAAACCUCUCACAAAUGGUGACCUCUUAGUGGGAACAAGCUGCAAUAAUUCUGUUUCUACUGCCACCUUGUAACAAAGUUUCUUGAUUUUAAAAGCUUAUUGUGUAUAAAAACUACUAGUAUUUAUUUGAAAGCAGCAUAUUGCCAAUCUGUUUGAGUUGUGUUUAAGCUCAUGAGAGGUUUUUUAAAAAAAAACCAACACUGGACAUUUUGCUGUGCAAUGUCCAUUUAGCUGAAUUAUGAGGGUGGGUUUUUUGGCAUUAUUUACUGCUUGGAUUUCAGUUGAGACUGGGCAAUAGAUGGACUUCUCAGAAUCAUCUGAGUGAUUCUCACUGAUAGAAUCAAAUGUCUGUAAGAAGCUUCUUGCCUAGACUACAAAAGGACUGAAUAAAGAGAGAUAAGUGGGGUGGCUUUCUGUUGACUUCAAAAGAUGGCGGGGUAAAUUCCUUUAUAGGCAAUACCUACCUAGACUUAGGUAUAACCUCUUAAUCUAUACUGUCUUUUUAUAUGGCAAUACAUUUUCUAAAGGAGGAUAAGUUAGCAUUUUAAGUAUCCUAUACUACUGUUUUAAACAAGAAUAAAAUGCAUUUCUAUAAAACCAUAUGUUUCAAAGUAACCACCACUUAAAAGGAGCAGUAGUCUACAAAGACUACAGGAACAUUCUUUCCCAUGCUUUGACAUUGAUAGUGGAACUGAUGCAAAACUACUCUUUGAAGAACUGGUACCUCACCAUGGACAGUUCUGGUACCUCACCAUGGACAGUUCUACUUUUCUUUCUGGUACUGAUAAUCCUAAUUUUGUGAAUGGAAUUUGUACUGAUUGCUCAACUGUGAGAAAAGUGGCAGUACAUGCAAUCAUAUUAUUCAUCUGAAGUAAUGCAAACUUCAACAACAUGCAGUAUUGAACACUCUUUGAGAAUAUGUGCAAACAUAACACACUUUGAGCCGGAAAAAGUGUUCCCUCUAAUUUUGGUCACCAGUGAGCAGAAAGAGUUUUGUUCUGGGCGACACUAUCAAGACAGUGUGCACACAUAACUCUCACACACCCCGCCCCAGGAAUUUAAAUUCCCAAGUCCCCCUGAAAUAAUUAAUGUGGAAUUAAUUUAAUUGUUUAAUUAAAGUUAAACAAUAACUUUUUUUACCCCACCUCCAGUCUCUCUGGGGCUGCGGGGUGGGGGAGCUGCCAACCAUCCUCCCCCUGCCCCCAGGCCACUGCCACCCAUACUCCUCCCUUUGUUCUCUGGCUAGAGGAGGAGGCCGAGGCCUGGCCGGAGGGGAGGAGGGGAGGGCGGCGCAGCAGCCUGCCCGGAGAGAGGGGGAAAUGGGGCAAUGCAUCCCUUCCUGGCCAGGGAAAUGGGGUGCCAGGCAGUUGAGUAGCGGCAGGCACAGCAGAGCUUGCACGCCCACCAGAAAUGGCUGUGUGGGGGCCCGGUGGUUGGUGCAUGCACCUUAGAGGGAAACCUGGUCAGAAAGCCAUGAACACAUGCAAGAACUAUAAAACAAAAUUAUAAUUUAAUGAGUAUUCAUUCAUUUUCAUUUUUCCUCCGAGGAACUCAGAGCAGUGUUCAUGCUUACUUUUAUCCUCACAACAACCCUGUGAGGUAGAUUAGGCUGAGAGUUGUGGCUGGCCCAGAGUCACCUAAUGAGUAUCAUGGUUGAAUGGGGAUUUGAACUCAGAUCUUCACGGCCCAAUCCAACACACUAACCACUACACUAUGCUGGUUCAUUCACAUUCUCAAAAUUAUUCACUAGUCUUAAUGUUGCCAAUUCUGAGUUUUUGGAAAGCAACACAAUUCUGGUUUUUAAUACAUUUUACACUUGAGCAACAGAAGCCAUAUUUGUUUAAUAACAUUGUGAUGAUGAAACAAGCAUGCCUCAGUUGAUACAUGAAUUGACAUCCCAGCAGUUUGUUUGAUGGCUGACACUCAUAUUUAUUGUUUGAGCAAAAUGCUGUUAAAAAUAAUUUUUGUCUUCCUAUAGAAUCAAAUGCAAUCUCCUAAGAAAAACCAAUAUAAUUCAAGGGAAUCUCCAUUGUUUAAAAAAACAAACAAAAAACUAUGGAUUAGGUGGGAUACUUUUGAGUGUAAUAACUGAACACUGAAGGCAGCCUAUAAAUGUAGUCCAUAGAGUUUUUUGUCUUCUCAAAGUUCGUCCAGUUACAAUUUCCUGAAGAGUGUUUUGGAAGAGCAUGUGUUGUGAGAUGCACUUAAUACAGGAUCAAAUUAACACCUACAGCACUUGAUCACCAAAAAAGCAAGCAUACGACUUGGCUAAAUAAUAUUUACACUAUUUAGUAAACAUAACUAUUUAUUAUCUGUAAAAUACAUGUGUAUAUAUGUGCGUGUAAAGGUUAGUUUGUAUAUACUGCUGACAUUAUCAGGCCUAUAUGCAUUUAUACAAUUGUGUGGCAUAAUUUUUGUAAAUAGCUUUCAACAUGAGGAUUUAUCAAUCAAAUAUAUAUAUAUAUAGAUAUAUAUCGUAUGCUACAGUGCUCGGCUUCCCCCCCCUAAUGCGUCUCUAUUUUGUAUACAUUGAAAUGUGCAGCAUAUUAAAAGUGACACGCUAAUGUGGAAUAA